GACAUAACACUGUUUACUACAUGUGCGAAGAGAAAUGGCGACAGUCACUGCCCGUCUUACAACUUUCGGAGAGGCAAAUUAUGGAGAGCCUGAACAGGAUGCUAACUCAGCCCUUAUGGAGUUGGACAAAGGUCUGCGUUCCACUAAGGUCGGAGAGCAAUGUGAAGCAAUCGUAAGGUUUCCACGGAUGUUUGAGAAGUACCCCUUUCCGAUUCUAAUUAACUCGGCCUUUCUGAAGUUGGCUGAUGUUUUCAGAGAUGGUAAUAACUUUUUGCGAUUGUGUGUUCUGAAAGUAACACAGCAAAGUGAGAAACAGCUUGAUAAGAUUCUCAACACGGAUGAAUUUCUUCGCAGAAUCUUCUUUGUUAUCCAUAGCAACGAUCCGGUUGCCAGAGCUAUAACUCUCAGAGUCCUAGGUGGUAUUGCCCCUAUCAUAGCUGAGCGCAAGAAUGUUCAUCACAGCAUCCGAAGUGGCCUAGACUCACAUGAUAAAGUGGAACUUGAAGCUGCCAUAUUUGCUGCCAAUAGAUUUGCUGAACAGUCAAAGGUUUUUGCUGUGGGAAUUUGUAACAAGUUGUCAGAGAUGAUUGAGGGUCUGGCGACUCCAAUGGAAAUGAAGUUGAAAUUGAUUGAGAUCUUUGAACACAUGCAUCAUGACGGCGAGUCUGCAUGCAGGGUGCGCCACCUGUGUGUCAGCAAGUUGCAAUCGUACCCGGCUAGAGAUUUUGUUCUCGUUACCCUCCAUACACUCUCCAAACUUGCUACAAGCUCACUUGUAGACAUUCCACAGCAGGUAUCCCUCCUACUAAAGUACCUGCACAGCGAUCCAAGAUACACUGUAAAAAAGAUUGCUCUGCAGGACCUCCGCAUGCUAGCUUGCAAGGCACCACACAUGUGGACCGGAGAGAACGUUGACGGUCUGUGUGAUUUCUGUUCAACAACUGGUUAUGAUGGACUGAUCAUUGGAGCCUUGACUGUCCUUAGUGCUCUAUCAAAGACAGUAGCAUUGAAUGUAUUAGACUUGGCUCAUAAUUCUAAAGUUGUGAAAUUGUGCGGUGAUUUCUGCUGUGUGCCCAAUGUUACCAUAGCAUCAUAUGCCAUUCAGAUCAUGACCAACAUCACAACAAAGGGUGUACCCCAGUCACAGAUUGAAUCGGUUGUGCAAGAGGUUGCUACAGCUGCUGAGGCUCUCAUCAUGAUUUGUGCACUGCAAGAUGGAAAGGAAGCUACUACGGCUAUCACGAUUGCGUUGAACUGUGUAAGGAGCUUAUGCCAAGCAAGUCCGUCACUAGCUCCUGAAUUUGUUGAUAAUUUGUGCAGCUUAGUUGGCAGUUCAAUAGGUAAGAUAGGAGUGCUUCUGUGUCAGUGUCUGGUGACCUUGGCUCAGAGUGACCCAUCAUUAGUUGGUGCUUACAAAGACAGUUUGCAAGAAUUACUUAAUCUCACAGCUCAAUCUAGUAUGGAUCCAACACAACAGAAACUGUUUGUAUCAGUUGCAGCAUUGUUAAUGCUUAGCCAAAGCAGCUCUGAUGAGCCAAAGAAGAUAUCGCAAUUCUUUCUGGACAAGCUAAGCCCAUCACAAAUUGCGUUGAACUGUGUAAGGAGCUUAUGCCAAGCAAGUCCGUCACUAGCUCCUGAAUUUGUUGAUAAUUUGUGCAGCUUAGUUGGCAGUUCAAUAGGUAAGAUAGGAGUGCUUCUGUGUCAGUGUCUGGUGACCUUGGCUCAGAAUGACCCAUCAUUAGUUGGUGCUUACAAAGACAGUUUGCAAGAAUUACUUAAUCUCACAGCUCAAUCUAGUAUGGAUCCAACACAACAGAAACUGUUUGUAUCAGUUGCAGCAUUGUUAAUGCUUAGCCAAAGCAGCUCUGAUGAGCCAAAGAAGUUAUCGCAAUUCUUUCUGGACAAGCUAGGCCCAUCACAAGCUUGGACCCUUUUUAGAGUGUCAAGGCAGGCAGCCAGGCUAGGUUGUCAUUGUGUUGCUGCAGAACUAUUUGGAAAUCUGACAACAAAAGUAGCAUCAGAGCAUUACUACUUCUGGUUGUCUGGUUUGAAUAAUUUCUGCAAAGCUGAGGAGUGUCUUACAAAACCGUCUCACAAACUGUUUAAUUUGACUCAAAGUUUGGCUGAGGCUACUCAGCAUUAUGAAAAAGGGAUAGUUGCCUUAAAGGCUGCUACCACACCUGGUCAUCAGAUGCAUUUCCAGUGCGAGUACACUAGGUUACGAUGUGAUAUGCUGCAUGCAUUCAAGCUCCUCAUUACAGCCUCAGCAAGUAUCAGGACUUGUCCACCGCCGGCUAUUGCACCGGCUGUUGCCAUGACAACUGGAAUAGAUCUGCAAAAGUGUGGUCGCAUGGCUUUCCAGAUGCAGAAUUGUCAUGAUAAAUUACGUCAACUUGGCAGCUCUUACUCUACACUACAGCAAGCAUCGUUUGAUGCCGACCCCAAGACACUUGAAAAUAUGUUGGUAUUACAAGAAAUCUGUCUGCUGCUAGCUUAUGUUAUUGAUGUUCUUAUACUAAGCAAUCAAAUUUAUGGUGGAAAGUCAACAGGUAAUCUACAGGAUGUGCUAGACUUGCAGAGUCAGACGUCUGCUAAAAGCUCCAAUAAGGUGAUGCAGGCCUGUGUGAAGGUUUUGCAAAGCACUCAAGAAGCUUUGCAGAAAACAGAAGGACAGUCAGUAUCUCAUCUGCACUCAGACUGCCUAUUUGAAGCCUGCCACACACUGCUGCAGGUGCCUAUUGGCUAUCCACGAUACUUCUUCCAAUCCUUGCAGUCUACAGCCAUUAAGCUAGCAGUGUCCCCUACACCAAGAGGUGCUGGAGAACCAAUCUUGGUACAUGUUAGCACAAGGUUGGCAUUGAAGGUGGAAGGUGUUAUUCAACAUGGACAAAAACCAGGUCUGUUUCGAAAGGUAAAACAGGUGACUCUACAGGUAACAUCUAGCUGUACCCAUCGCCUUCCCAAACCAAACGAAAAUGCUAAGCAAACAGAGUCAACAACCAAUGACCUGCGACAGAAUGUGGAGCCUCAUAAUGAUUUCUUCAGCACUCAGUUCCUCCUGCCAUUCCCAGUGGCAGGCACCCACCAAGUCAAUGUAGAAGCUACUGUCAUUGACAAUGAAGGCACAGUCUGGAAAACAGGACCCAAGUUAUCGCUAAAUGUUAAGGCGUAUGAAGAUACCUUAUAUCAGCGCCCUCAACAGGCACCGCCUCCACCUCCACCAUCGUCUCAACUAAUGCCAGCUGCUCAACGAACCCAGACCACCUCUCGAUGAAGCAAGAAAUAUUUCAUUGUGGUUAAUAAUUUUCUUGGUUGCUUAUGCAAGAGAGAUGGUGGAACUGGAAAAAAUGUCAAUUUAAUUAUUUUUUAUUAGUGGCUUUUUUGGAGAGUUCACAUUGACAGAUUAAUAUUUUUAUUUAAUUACCAAUUACUGUACACGUGCAGGUAUGACAUCAGCUUGAUGAUACAGAAACAGGGGUUAAGCUGUAGCAUUAUGAGCCCUAGUGACUCCAGAAGGUUUUACUUGCAUGCUACUGAUAAUUACAUUAGGGGCUGAUGCUUUAUAAAGUAAGGCUAUGUUCACACACACGGCGUAAGACUGGCGUGGCUUACGCCAGGCGUAAGCUAAUCCACGGAUUAAAAUUCCAAAGUGUUCAC